AUGGACUUCUUGAAGGGGGCGUGCAGCGCUGCGCAGUGUGGGGACGUAGAGAAGCUGCGCAGGCUGAUCGAGAGGGACCCGGCGGUGGCCACAGGGGCAGGCGACGGUUCCGGCGGGUCGGGGUACACGCCGCUGCACUACGCGGCGCGCGGCGGGCACGAUGCGUGUGUGCAGGUGCUCUUGUCGGCUGGCGCUGACGUCAACGCGCGCACGGGGGCCGGGCAAGCCACCCCGCUGCACCGCGCGGCGUAUAUGGGCCACGCCGGCACGCUCGACAUCCUGCUCGCCGCGGGUGCGGACCCGGCAGCGCAGGACGCAGAUGGCGCGACGCCGGGGCACAAGGCUGCCGCGCAGGGCCACAGCGCGGUCGCAGUUCGGCUGCUGGAGCACGGCAGGAGCGUGCGCUCGCUGCGGGACAAGCACGGGAAGACGGUGGACGACGUGCUGCGAGAUACGCGAGCCUAA